CGGAGGUUUCUUUCGUACUCCGCGUGGUCGACUUUGAGAGGAUUUGGGUGGUGUCUCCCAACACCUCAUUUCUUUACACCAAAGUUCCGUCUUGGUUUCGUUUUUCUUGCUUACUCGUCGUUGACCGCAACGAUGAACACCAUGCACGACUCCCACAAGAGAACUUCCAUCAGCCAGCUUCUAAAUCCAUCAUCCGAAUCCUCAGUCUACUCUCAUGCUACUCAUCUUCCAUCGCCCGUCACUGUUUCUCAGUACCAACAUCCUUCGCACCAACCCCAGGGCAACUAUAAUCAAUCAAUAGAGUCUGCUUCUUCUUUCCAUCUCCGAGCAGCUAGCUGGGAGCCCAGCGACGACCAGUCCGUACCUAAACGUAGAAUUGACAAUGGAGGUCCUCGUCCAUACCCAUUGCCAACCCAUCCUCAUAUGCAUACUGAACCCAACGGCGACAUAGUUCCUCGUCAGGGGAGAUCAAGGAUGGAUGAGACUGGAAACUACGCAAUACCAACGAAUCCUUGGCCAUCUCAAGCAGAGAUGCCCAAUCCUUCUUAUGGAUCUCCUGUGGUUGCGCCGAUGUAUUCAGAUGAGCGGACAGCCUUAUCGGGCGACUAUCCAGCGAACACUCAGUUCAAUCACCCUUCGCAAGGUUUUCAUCCUCAACAACUACCACCAGGACACCCUGCAUCAUCCUUGCAGCAUGCUGAAAGAGCUUCUGUUCGUAUAGCAGCCCGUUUCACGGCUCCCAUGCCGGGGCAGCCAAUUUAUGAGAUGGCGCCCAUGCAUCCAGGAAUAUUCCUGUACCAUGCACCUGCACUUCCUCCACAAAAGCGUCCCACGACCGAAGACGUGGACCAAGCACCGAAGGCUAAGAAGCCAAAAACCAAACCAAAGCCUACGGAAGGAAACGGUUCAUCGAAGCGGGGUUACAACGCUAAGAAGCGCAGCGAAGCUGCCCAAAUUGCAGCUCAAAAUGCCCAGUUGAUGCCGACUGUUUCUUACGCGUCUCCUCCUACCGACAAGGGCAAAGAGAAAACAGCAGAGGCUCCCAUGCGCAUUGUGACGGGCGAUCAUGGACAAAAUGCCGACGCUCAGCUGCACCCCGAAUUACAAUUCGCUCGGUGCAUGUCGAAUCGAUAUAGAUCUGAACAGUUCCCACGCUGUGUGUCAUGCACACGCCGCUGGGCUGGUGAUACAUGCCGAUUCCAAGGCAUACGAUUUUUCUUGAAAGACAAUCAGAGAAAUAUUGUUGGCGUCAGCUUCGUUGAGAAUCAGCGACCUGAUGCACCGAGCAUGAGUUUCCCUGUGAGCUGGAAUGUCCCACUGACUCUCACGCAUAUACGGCGAACGAAAAGGACGAUAGCUCAUGCUCUUCUCCCGACGCUCCGUCAGGAGCUGCAACACUUGAACUUCCCCGAGAUUAUCCGAAGGACCCGAGAAAGCGAAGUGCGCGCCACUUGUGAUACCUGUAUGACCUCGAUUUUCUCCAGUAGUUGGAUGUGCCGAUUAUGCGGCAGAGAAGCAUGUGCGGAAUGUUUUGAACAAGUGAAAGAUCUCACCGAAGAUCGACCUGGUGCAACCCAGGCUGAGAUUGCAGCUCUCCAGGCCCGGCGAGAAAAACACGCUCAUAGCAACCCGUUUUUCUUGUCUUGCACACGCCGGAACGAGCACCACGCGAAGGACUUUUCACCGAUGUCACGCUUUUGUAAGGCCGAGCUUGCACAGGCGAUUAAAGAUAUGGAAGCUAUGCUUCAGGAGCCGGACAAUGACGCACUUCCUGUCGUUGGAGCAAUAGACCCAUUAUUACAGCCAGAACGAGCACAGGCAAAUGGGUGUGCUUCGUCUUCUGUCCAGGCUGCAAUUUCGCAUAUCGGCGGCGAGAAGUCUGCAUCAGCAGCAGAGCCAUCGCUCUCUUCUGCUCCCCACAAUGGCUCAUCACAAGAUGGAGUCUUCCAUCCGGAAUCAGUGCCAGUAACUGCUUUACAGGUCGCUGAGCCAUCACCGUCGGCCCCCGCAGUGUCAUCGUCCGCUGAUCAGAACUCUAUUCCAUCAAGUGAAAUACCUUCACAUCCGACCACCACCAUCCCGGAUUCGCAGCUUACCGAAGAAAUUUUCCGCCCGUUGUGGGCUAAAGGAGACCCAAUUGUGGUCACCGAAUUGCUGCCCAAGUUCCAGAUUCAGUGGACACCUGAGUAUUUCGUACAGAAGUACAACUCUCAGAGUUGCCUCAUUUUGGAGUGCCAGAGUGAUGUGAACAAGCGCGUGACGGUAGGCGAGUUCUUCUCGUGGUUCGGAAAAUAUGAAGGGCGAGUGGAGUGCUGGAAGCUCAAGGAUUGGCCACCAUCAACAGAUUUCAAGACCGCGUUUCCUGAACUUUUUGACGAUUUCAGUCGAGCUGUUCCUGUGCCCAAUUACGUUCGUCGGGAUGGUGCCCUCAACAUUGCCUCACAUUUCCCCAGUAAUACGGUUGCUCCAGAUCUUGGACCCAAGAUGUACAACGCAAUGUCUUCCUUUGAGGCAGCGGGCAGUAAAGGAUCGACGAGACUUCACAUGGACAUGGCUGAUGCCGUGAAUAUCAUGACGUACGCGUCUACUUCGCCGGAUGGCAAACCAGGUUGCGCGGUAUGGGACCUCUUCCGUGCUGAAGAUGCCGAGAAACUGCGUACUUUCCUCAAGAGAAAAUUCAAGGGCUCGUAUCAACAUGAUCCGAUCCACUCUCAACAGUUCUACUUGGAUAGUCACUUACGGAAAGAGUUAUAUGAUACGCAAGGCAUCAAGAGCCAUCGUGUGUACCAGAGACCAGGAGAAGCUAUAUUCAUUCCAGCCGGUUGCGCCCAUCAGGUAUGCAAUCUCGCGGACUGUGUCAAAGUUGCAGUCGAUUUCGUUAGCCCCGAAAACAUUGAGCGUUGUGAAAAGUUGACGCGCGAGUUCCGGGAGCAAAACCAAUCGAUGGCAUGGAAGGAGGACGUUCUCCAACUUCGCACUAUGAUGUGGUUCGCAUGGCUUUCGUGCUGUCGGCAAGAGAAAGAGAUGAACGAGUGAUUUGCAUGCGGGAUCGUUUGUUUUUGGUGACAUUCUGUAUGAUAGAGAGGUUUUACUAUUAUAUGGGAUAACCCGGUUAAUUGCUUGACGUGCAAUGCGUGCUUGCUAUUCUGAUUUCUUGUACAUGCCUUUUAGUUAUCUACACUAUAGCCCAACUAUAGCUAAGUAACUGCAGAAACGGUCGACUGGGCCUUGACUUGACCUGGAUGAACGAGAGUAACUCACAACCUGUGACCAUACCGUGAGCAGUGUGUGCUUCCGGAAUGAAUACCUUUUUUGCAUGGUAUUUCAUAUACAACC